CCGAUGCUGGCCUGCGCUGACUGUGAAAUGAUGAUGCACACGCAGAGGCAGAGCUCCAAAUCGAACCCCGUCUCGAUCCAAAAUCCCCGCAAAUCCAAUCCCACCUCCGAUCCGUCCGCCGUCCUCUCCUCACACCACGGGUUUGCGCCGCUGCAGGGACGACCAGGUACACUGCCCAGCCUCGCCCCCGUCCGCUGCCCUCCCACCGCCGCCUCGCAUUCACCGCCGUGCAGCCUGCCGGAAGGAGUGCGACCCCCUAGCCGGCGUCAAUGUCACGCCUCCAGCCCCGCUCCUCACGCGCCAACGAGCUGCUAGACGAAUUCAAAUAUCAUCUGGGCUCCGGGACGCUCUGGCCGGAGCUCGCGCACCAACUGUUCGACGAAUUGCUGCGCCAACCCGUCCCGGUUUCAGCGCGCGCACUCAACGGCUUGUUUGCUGCCCUCGCGGAUGCGCCGCCCUCGGCCAACUGCGCAGAUGGCCCUGCCCUAGCCAUCAAUCUCUUCAACCGCCACCGGAUAUCACCUAACAUUUACACCUACAACAUACUAAUUGAGUGCUGCCACAGAGCAUGCCGCCCAGACCUAGGGCCUGCCUUCUUCGGCCGCCUCCUCAAGGCAGGCAUCACAAUGAGCGUCAUUACCUACAACAGCUUAUUCAAGUGCCUCUGUGACAUGAAGCGCACGGAGGAGGCUUCCGACGUGCUGCUCCACAGGAUGCCUGACGACCUGCCUGAUGUCAUCUCCUACUCAGUAAUUCUCAAGAGUUUCUGCGACAGUGGGAGGAGCCAGCGUGCGCUUGACCUGCUCCGGGUGAUGGCCAAAAAAGGUGGUGACUACUCUCCCAACGUGAUUUCAUACAACAUGGUAAUGGAUGGCUUUUUUAAGGAGGGUGAAGUAAGCAAAGCACGUGUUCUAUUCCACGAAAUGAUACAACAGGGGGUUGUGCCUACUGAGGUGACAUAUAGCUCCAUAAUCAAUGCGCUAUGCAAAGCAAGAGCAAUGGAUAAGGCGGAGGUGAUCCUUCGACAUAUGGUUCGUAGUGGUGUCCAACCACAUGAUAGGAUAUAUAAUACCCUGAUCCAUGGAUUUUUAACUUCAGGUCAGCUGAAAGAAGCCUUUAGGCUGUUGAAACUGAUGACAAGCCAAGGUGUUAUGCCAAGCGUUGUUACCUACAACUCACUCAUGACCUACCUUUGCAAGAAUGGAAGAUUCAAGGAAGCUGUAGAACUUUUUUAUUCAAUGGCUGUGAAGGGCCAAAAACCUAGUGUCGUCUCAUACUCUAUAAUACUCCAUGGGUACGCUAUAGAAGGAUCCCUUGUUAAAAUGAUUGAUCUCUGUGAGCUGAUGGCAAGAGACGGAGUUGUACCUAACCUCCAUUGUUUCAACAUACUGAUUAAUGCGUAUGCUAAGUAUGGCAUGAUGGACGUGGCCAUGCUUUUCUUCGAAGACAUGUUGAAGCAGGGUGUGAAGCCUAAUGAAUUCACUUAUUUAACUGUGAUAUCUGCGUUUUGCAAGAUGGGCAGGAUGGAUGAUGCGAUGGAAAAAUUCAGUGAGAUGAUUAAUAUGGGAGUACCACUUGACACAGAAGUUUACAUGUGCAUGGUUGAGGGUUAUUUGAAUCUUGGCAAUUCCAUGAAAGCCAAGGAAUUUAUUACCAAAAUGAAGAACAGGGAUAUUCAUCAUAGGCCACGGAAAGGUAAUUGAUGAACACACCAUCUUUGACUUGGUUACCCGUACUGGUGAGAGGCCUGAUCCUACUACAUUCACUAAAAUGAUCGAUGGAUAUUGCUUAUCGCCAAGAUGGAGAAUGCAUUCAGAGUACUUCAUGCUAUGAUAUCAGUUGGCGUGAGGGCUAUUGUUGUUACACAGCACUUAACUUACCAUGGUUACGCUCCCAUCUUCUUGAUAUGCUCUAGAUGUGUUGUUAUCCUGAUUGCUCCAGCGUGCACUAGAAUUAGAGAAGUGUGAAUCGAGCCUUAUGGUUGUUAGCUGCUGUUUAUCGGUAGUUGGAUAUAUUGCCUAGUUCGAAUUUCCUCAAGGCACAGCAGUAUUCAGGGUGGAUAGUGACCUGGCUGAUUAGGUGUUGCAUGCAUAAUUCCCUGUGUCUAUGUCUUAUGUAUACUUCAUAUAUCAUGGAUGAAAAGGGCAUUUUGUAGGCCUUGCAUGUUUGUGUCAUUCCAAAAAUGACCUAUUGAUAAGUUA